GUGAAAAUAUGAAAUAAAACAACAAUAACAAUAGAAAAUUCUUUAAUUGAAUUACAAAUUCUCAUAUUAGUACUUAUUGUUACUCCAAUUUUUAGAGAGAAGAGUGAUGAUGAAACCAAUUAGUUAAUUAACCCAAAAAUUUCCCUUACAUAUGCAAGAAGAGCAAGAGGGAGAAGGAAGGAAAAGAAAUGGCCAAUGCGACUGUGAUCAUCGCCGUAUUUCUGCUUCUCUUCUUCGCAAUUCCAUCGGCGAUCGCCUCCGGAGACGGAGCCAAGCGGCGAGUGAUAGAUGCGGAGGGGUCUCCAGAUGAUCUGGUGUGGGUGGUGCAGCUAUCGGAUCUCCACUUCAGCGUGCACCACCCCCACCGGGCCCAGGAUUUCAUCGAUUUCGUGGGCCCCGCCCUCGCCUUCAUCAAGCCUUCUCUCGUCCUCCUCACCGGGGAUCUCACUGAUGGUAAAAGCAAGGAUAUGUUGACAAUGAAACAAGAUGAAGAGGAAUGGAUUGAGUACCAGAAAGUGAUGCAGGAUGUUGUCGACAGAAGUGGACUCGGCCACAAAGCCUUUUAUGAUAUUCGAGGGAACCAUGAUAACUUCGGUGUUCCUGCCACUGGCGGAUCCCUUGAUUUUUUCUCGAGAUACAGCAUCAAUUCGCAGCAACAAAGAAGCGGGAAGGUCAACAGCGUCACCAUUCAGACUAGCAAAAGGAAAGUUCUUUUCGUUGGGAUUGACAGCACGAUGGAUUCUGGAUUACGAGGCCCCACCAACCUGUUUGGUCAUCCUACAGAUGAGCUGUUGGCAGAAAUAGAUUCUGAACUCUUACAAUGGGAUUCUCGUUCUGCUCAACCGAUCACCAAGGUAUCAUUUGGUCAUUUCACCCUUUCAUUUUCCGCUGCAUCGAAGACUGGAAAGACCUUGAAGGAUAUAUUCAUAGAUCGCUCUUUAGCUGCCUACAUAUGUGGGCAUUUGCACAUAAAAUUUGGAAAGAAUCUAAAGCGGCAUCAUCACUCAAGUGGCCGUGCUCAACAUUCCAAACAGUUGCUCCAGUUAAAUGGCCAUCGAUUAGCUUCAGAGAAUGCCUCUAGUUGUCACAAUUCUGAUGCAAGAAGUGACGGAUUCUGGGAAUGGGAAAUGGGUGACUGGAGGAGGAGUCGAGCUGUGCGAGUUUUAGCUAUUGAUAGAGGUCAUAUCUCAUUUGUUGAUGUCAACUUCACAUCAGGAGCCAAGAAAACUAUCAUAUUGCCGACGUAUCCUCUGGACUCACGUUUCUCUUCAUCGUCAAACUAUAAAUGUGACCCAUCUACCUAUGGACACAUCAGAGCUCUGGUGUUUUCUUUUUCUCCAAUUAUAUCGGUUGAAGCUAAGAUAUACGACACUAGCUCCGGAAAUCUUAUUGUGGUGUUGGAUACACAAAUGAAACCACUUGCUGGAUCCCGUGCGGACCUUUAUGUUGCCCCAUGGCAUGUUCAAGCAUUCGAGGACCCUUCUCCCGACAGAUACGUGCUUCAAAUAGAGGUAACUGAUUUCAAGGGUAGGACGACAACCACUGAACUUAGGCCAUUCUCAGUAACUGGUGUCCCUUCCCGGUUCAAAUGGGGCUGGGCAGAGUUCUUUGUGUUGGGUUGUCAAUGGGACUUGUUAUACCAUCCGAUACUCUGGGGUAUUUACUCUUUUGCCCUUUCAGCUCUUCUAAUUCCAAGAGCGCUCCUUUUCUUUUUGAGAAGGCACUAUACAUACAUAAAUUUCAGAACCAACAAAAGCUUCAUAAACGGCCUUCUCUGGAUAUCUACAGAACUAUAUAGCAUUCCCGCAGUCUCGUUCUGCAUGAUAGGCUACUUGCUCUACCUUGCAUUAUGCCCUUGGCUUUAUGGCCAAGCUCUUAGCGAAGGAGAACGAGCAUUCAUGACUUACAGAGGUUGGGUUGUGUCAAGAUUCAGUUUUCUGAAAAAGAUGGAUUUUCUUGGAUCUCCCGAUGUGAUGGUGGUGGUUCUUCCACAUCUCAUUUUUGUAGUUUUGCCAGCAUUAGUGACGAUCAUGGUGUUGGCUGCUGAAAGUAGUGUACAUCGCGAUUAUCUUAUCUCUAUUUCGAGUAAAAAGAAGGAUGGCUCUGAUAGUCGAAACAAAAAAUAUGCAUCACAAAAUAAUAGUGGCAACAAGUCAUCAGAACCCAAGAGGCGUUGGAUUAGGAUAUUAUUCCUUGUGAUCUCUUUGGCUAUAUUUUGGAAGCACUUCAAGAACUGCGAAGCUCUGGUGAAAGCAUACGAGAUGAACCCGGUCAUCCAUUUCCCACUCUACAGCUUUACAGUUCCUCUGCUGCUCGUUUAUAGCAUCUGGAGAACCGGGAGAAACAUGAACACAACGUCCACAUAGUCGCCCUUCGUCGUCCCUCGGAGUUGCAGUGCAGUUGCUCUUGUGGAGUGAGGUUCUUUCCAAAUAGAAUGCAGCUGUUCAAGGAAGGAGACGGCAUUUUAGAGUUACUUAGUUACUAUAAGAGGAAUUUUUACAGUGGUUGUUUCCCUUUUGGAAAUAGUAAAUUUAGUGAUUCUUCACCAUAAUGCAAUCAAUUUUUGAUUAAGUUGGACUACAAAUUUUUUAUCAGUUAGAAGAUGUUUGUGUUAAAUAUAACUAUUUAUAAUGAUGUUUAGUUAAAAUU